CUAAAGUAAGCAAGACCAUACAAACCAUAGAAAGUGAAAUAGUGGGCACUAUCAAAACAACUUAUCCAAAUUGUACCUUGACCAAAUAUGUCUAACAAACUUCACCUCAUUUUUCUUUUGAUCAUCUCCUUUACCUUCAUCUUGUUAUUCACAAAAUCUUAUGCUGGAAGCAUAUCUAUCUAUUGGGGCCAAAAUGGCUUCGAAGGAACCCUUAAUCAAACAUGUGCAACUGGUAGGUACAAAUUUGUUAACGUUGCGUUCCUUAACGAUUUUGGUUAUGGUCAAGUUCCAUCACUUAACUUAGCAGGCCACUGCAACCCAUCCGCCGGCGCGUGCACGAACGUAGGGCCGCAGGUCGAGUAUUGCCAGUCCUUGGGGAUAAAGGUCAUGCUAUCUCUUGGAGGUGCUAUAGGAAACUAUGGUCUGUCUUCUAAGAAAGAUGCAAUGAGUUUUUCACGUUACCUAUGGGACAACUUUUUGGGUGGUACGUCGAGUUUUAGGCCUCUAGGUAACGUUGUGUUUGAUGGGAUCGACUUUGCUAUUGAUCAGUCUAAAUCAACACGUUACUGGGAUGACCUAGCAAAAUAUCUUGUACGUUAUAAUAUAGUUGGAAGAAAAAAGGUGUACCUAACUGCAGCUCCUCAUUGUCAAUUUCCUAACAAGAAGUUUGAUAAAGCUCUUAGGACAGGGCUGUUUGACUAUGUUUGGGUCCAAUUUUAUGAAAGUCCGUCAUGUCAAUAUAAUGAUGGUGAUACUUCAAAACUUCUAAAUUCAUGGAAGAUAUGGUCUUCAACUCGAUAUAUAAGGAGCCUUUUUAUGGGGCUUCCAGCCGCGCCAUGGGAAGCCGGAAAUGGGUAUAUUCCGGCGGAUAUAUUGAUAUCCCAGGUGCUUCCUAUCAUAAGGAUGUCGCCGAAAUAUGAAGGAGUGAUGUUGUGGUCAAAAUAUUGGGAUGAUACUACUGGAUAUAGUCCAGCUAUUGUAAGCAGCGUAUGAAUUAAGUGUAAUCUUCUUCUCAAUUUGUCAAACAAAUAAUAUACUACAUGUAUAAUGAUAUAUAUAUUGUGUAUGAUAUAUACUAUAUGUUUUAUAAA